AUGGAUGAGGGUGGAUCCAAGGAAGAAAAGUCAGGAGCGGAAUUAGAGAAAAUCAAGAAACUAAAAUUACGAGAAAAAUGGAAACAAUUUUGCGAAUGUGAGGAAGUAGUCUCGAUUGAUACGAUAAAUGCAAUUGGCAGGAUAACGGAUGAUGUUAUUGCUGCUGAGGACAAUGCACCGAGUACCGAUGAAUUAGACGAGGAUCUCGAAAAUGAAUAUGAAAAGUUAAACGAUCUUCUCGAUUUAUCUUACGAUAGUUAUUCGCUUACCGCGAUAAAAGCAGAAUUACCAGCUUGUAUUAAAUACGGCAUACGUUCUGGCUUAACUCAUUCGAACAUGUUGAAAUUUUCGCCAUUUUCUCGUGGUCAUCAGGGUGGCGCUAUAGCAAUAGCUGCUUUCGCAACGACAGCGAUAUACAAAUCAAGAUGUUGGAACGAGUCUGUAAUAGAUCAGAUAAUCGAGGACGGUGAUACGUUUUAUUGUGAAUCAUACAAGGAUGUUAAAACGACUGAUCGUAGGCAUUUAUCGAUAUUGGAUUUAAAAAGGAUCGUAUGCGUUCAAAAGAAAUUUAACGUUCAUAUAACAAUCAAGGAUCCAUCUUACGCGGGAAAAUUUCGUUCUCACGAUCCAACCGAAUUGCAUUUGAUCAAAGCGUUAGAACUUUUCUUUAAAAGGUACAAUUCGGGUAUAUUGACCUCGCCUGUAUUAAAUUUGGCAAUUUGGAAAGAUUCAAGAUAUUUCAGUAUAUUCGAUGGUCAAGCUAGAAAGGAAAAUUGCGAACCAGCUAAAAAUGGCGAAGAUGGUUCGGCUAAAUUAUUUUUGGUCAAGGACUUGAUAGGAGUUUAUUUUAUAAUACUUGAAAAAAGUAACGUUAAAAAUGAACCAUUCGUAAUUUAUCCAAUAUCUAUCAGCGGUAUUCUACCAUCCUCUUUAAUCGAUGUUUUGGACGAACCAGAAAAAUCUCUUGGGAAACCUCAAAGACGACCAAGUGGUUAUAAAAUUCAAGAGAAAUUUCGUGCUGUCAUUCAAGGAUCAUAUCAUUUGACGCAUCCUGUAAUACCAGAGAUACUUCGUGGCCGUGGACAUCUUAUAAUUGCACUCGCUGCUAUAGUUUAUUCAUGUUUGGUCAAUACGAACAAAUGGACUACCGCUCUGAUCGACUUGAUAUUCAAUCAGUCGAACAUUUAUCUAAUAGAUCUUGCCAGAGCAUUGGACAAAAAUUUAGCCGACAAAGAAUUCGAAUUACGUUUGGACGAUAUAAUGGGUGAUUUGAUAUUAGGCGUUUAUUCGGCCAAAAUCAAAUUACAACAAAACAUAAUCCCUGGUUCUGGGAAAAAGAAGGGUAAACUUGCUAUAGACAGUGGAAUACGUGAAUUCUUUGCUACCCAAAGAGCAGGCAUAUUGGAUAUUAAAAAAUUUUAUUACGCUAUUUGGAAGCAAAACGAUACGUAUUAUUUCAUGGAUCCAUUUGCUUGCGACGAGGAAGGAUUUAGAAUAGAUUAUAGCGUUGAACGAAAGAAAAUUAAUGGUGCAAGAGAUGCCGCAUGCGUUACCAUGAAUAGUUCGAUCAAUCAAAUGGUCGAAACUAUUUUAGAAAAUACUCUUAGCAAAGACAAAGAUCCAUUUUUCAUUCAUGGUAUUAAAGUACUUUACGUGAAGACUGGUACGGUACACGAGGGUCCAUUUGAAAAAAUAAUAUACAGAGAAAGGGAUACGAAUCGUAGGCCCUUGGCGCCAUUGAUUGAAUCGUCCAAGGAAAUCGUUGAAAAAAAAUUAGACAUGACACCUACAAUAAGAUACGAAUUAGACAAAUAUUAUGACGCCGAGACACAAUUUCCAGAACUAAUGAAAAAUGCUAGUCAGUAUAUGCUUAGAGAAAAUGAACCAAGAACUUUUGUAACAGCUAGUUACAACGUGGUAAAUCCGCAUCGUUUAAUAGUUCAAGGUACGAAGAACUGUUUGCAUCCUGAUUAUAAAAUUCGUCAUAGAGGUAGACAAGGUUUAAUAAUUGCUUUGGUAGCAUUGACAUAUAGAAAAUUGAAGGAUCCAUCAGAAUGGAGAAAUAUAGAUCUCGAUCAGAUCGUAGAUAUAGGUAAUAAGAGUUACGAAGAUGUUAUCAAUUGGAUAAAGGAUGGUAAACCCAAAUUGAAAGAUUAA